AUGAGACCAUACACGCAUGCAGUCGAUACCAAUCCGCUUCGGCAGGCGACUCUACAAAUCAUUGGCAUGGCCAGGAGCCCGAAGGAUUUGCGGGCACACAAAAGUUUAGGUUUCCUUACUCAUAAGGUCGCAGAGGACUCUGGGAUCCAAGUGUCGCAGUUGAUGCCCUUCAGGGACGAGGAACUGCAUGCUUACUACCAUAUUUACAUACUACCUGAAAACCGGGGGCGUAUAUAUCUGAUCCUGGGCACACCACGGACCAACGAAGUGGCCGACGAGAUCUUCCAGGAGUACCAAGACCAAGCUGGCACGGGUGAACUCCAAUUACGGAGGUGGCCCCUUAAAAGACAUCAAUGCCGAGGAGAACUGCUCACCAACUACUUUUCCCAUAAUACCGGAGAACCAUACCAGUAUGUUGGUGGGACGGCGGACACUGUGCCCUUUGAUGUUGCACCGUCCGCUGUAGUCAAAGCGCGCGAUUUGAUACAAUCCCGCAUGAUGAGCAUCAUGCAAGCUGAGAACCAGCCGUACCGGUUCAACGAAGUUCUGAGUGCGGCUUACAUGGAAGAGCAGAGUAUGGCGUUUCACAGUGAUGCGGAGGACGGUCUGGGUCCGAGGGUCGCGUCCUUAUCGCUUGGAUCAUCUGCCGUCAUGCAUUUCCGGCCGCUGAAGAAGUAUCGCAAGGACACUGGUGGCGGAAUGAAGUGUAACGCUUUGACGCUGCAGUUGCACCACGGCGACGUCCUCAUCAUGGAUGGAGCUCAGAUUCAAGAAUAUUACGAACACACCGUGGUCCCGCAUAAUUUCCGCAUCGCCGCAACCGCACGUUACAUCGACAAUCGUAGUCACUAG